CCGCGGUAACGUGAGCUGUGGGAGCGCCGGAGGCGGGCGGGAUCCGCUCCCCACCGGCGACAUGGAGCUCAGCCUGGCCCGUGUGGACUACCUGCAGGUGGGAGUGACGGCCCAGAAGACGAUGAGGCUGCUGCCCGCGUCGGGGAGGAAGGCGACGCAGAAGGUGGUUGUUGGAGAUCAGGAUGGAGUUGUUACAUGUUUUGGCAUUAAAAAAGGGGAAGCUGUGCCAGUGUUCAAGACACUGCCAGGCCAAAAAAUUGAGAGAUUGGAGUUGGGAGGAGCUCUUAAUACACCACAAGAGAAAAUUUUUGUGGCUACAGGAUCAGAAGUCAGAGGUUUCACAAAAAGAGGGAAGCAGUUUCUUUCAUUUGAAACUAACCUCACUGAAAAUAUCAAAGCUAUGCAUAUUUCAGGAGCAGAUCUCUUUCUUUGUGCCAGCUAUAUCUAUAACCAUUACUGUGACUGCAAAGACCAACACUACUACCUAUCAGGAGAUAAAAUCAACGAUGUUCUCUGCCUUCCUGUAGAUAAAGUGAAUUGCAUUACACCGGUACUUGCAUGUCAGGAUAGAAUCCUCAGAGUUCUGCAGGGAUCUGAUCUACUCUAUGAAGUAGAAGUUCCUGGACCACCUACCGUUCUUGCUCUAAACAAUGGAAAUGGAGGUGAUUCUGGAGAAGAAGUUGUGUAUGGAACUUCUGAUGGUAAACUGGGUCUUACCCAUAUUACUGGUUCCAAGCCUAUAUCAAAGUGGGAAAUUGGUAAUGAAAAAAAGAGAGGAGGUAUUUUAUGUGUUGAUAGUUUUGACAUUCUGGGAGAUGGAGUUAAAGAAUUACUCGUUGGGCGAGAUGAUGGAGUGCUAGAAAUCUAUAGCUUUGAGAGUGCAGAUGAUCCAGUCCUUCGGUUUGAUCACGCUUUAUCAGAGAGCAUUGCAUCAGUCCAGGGCGGCUGUGUAGGAAAAGAUGGAUAUGAUGAAGUUUUAGCAUCCACAUACUCAGGCUGGCUGACAGGACUGACUACAGAACCUGUCCAUAGAGAAGGUGGAUCAGGUGAAGAACUAAAAUUAAGUCAAGAAAUGCAGAGCAAGAUUUCAUCCUUAAGGAAUGAAUUGGAACACUUGCAGAUGAAAGUCCUUCAAGAACGUGAAAAAUACCAGCAGUCUUUGCAAUCCAGCACUGCUGUUUCAUCAGUACCUGCAUUUAAUGUGAAUGAUAAGUUUACAUUAAAUAAGGAUGAUGCUAGCUACAGCCUCAUCUUGGAGGUGCAGACAGCUAUAGAUAAUGUCCUGCUACAGAGUGAUGUCCCAAUAGACUUGCUGGAUGUGGAUAAAAAUUCUGCCGUUGUUAGCUUUAGCAGCUGUGAUUCUGAGCCAAACAGCAACUUUCUUCUUGCGACUUACCGAUGCCAAGCAAAUACUACAAGACUUGAACUUAAGGUUCGAUCGAUUGAAGGGCAAUAUGGGACACUUCAAGCAUAUAUAACUCCAAGAAUUCAACCAAAAACCUGCCAAGUUCAUCAAUAUCAAAUUAAGCCCCUUUCACUUCAUCAGAGAACUCGUACUAUUGACCACGACAGACCCAUGAAUACACUGACACUGAAAGGCCAGUUCAGUUUCGCUGAAAUUCACUCUUGGGUUGUGUUUUGCUUGCCUGAAGUGCCUGAAAAGACUCCUGCUGGAGACAGUAUCACCUUUUAUUUUCAGAACACCUUCCUGAGUACACAGCUUGAAAGUACUUACAGAAAAGGUGAGGGAUGUUUUAAGUCUGACAACAUUUCUACAAUCUCCAUCCUAAAAGACGUGCUUUCCAAAGAGGCUACUAAAAGGAAGAUUAAUCUCAACAUAUCAUAUGACAUAAAUGAAGAAUCUGUGAGGCACACAUUAAAGCUCAUCCACCCUAAAUUAGAGUAUCAGCAGCUCUUGGCCAAGAAGGUUCACUUAAUAGAUGCUUUGAGAGAAUUACAAGUUCAUGAAGGAAAUGUGGAUUUCCUGCUACCAAAAUACCGCAGCAUUUUGGAAGAGGCAGAUCAGCUGCUUGAGGAAUACAAGAGACAGCCUGCACAUCUUGAGAGACUUUAUGGUAUGAUCACAGAUCUCUUCAUAGAUAAAUUUAAAUUUAAAGGCACCAAUGUGAAAACUAAAGUUCCUCUUCUUCUGGAAAUUCUGGAUGGAUGUGAUCAAGAUGGACUAAUUGCUUUCUUUGAAGCUGCAGCCUGACAAGGAAAAAGCAGAACAAUUGUUCUUUUAAACUAAGGCAGUUCAAUAUUUUUAAGAACACUUUUACUCUGCUGUUAUACUGUCAGCUGUUAGGUUUUACCCACAUUUAUUACCACAUUUAAUACAGCAGUUAAGUUUAGUUCACAGACUAUUGUGUAUGUUAAUGGCUACAGAGUUUUGAUGUGCAUAAUAUACUGCACAGCUGAAGAAAAUGUAGAACCAGAUGGAAAUACCAAACAACCUUUUUGCAAAAAAUGUUUUUCAUGCUGUCAAGACUCCCUGCAGUGAUCUGUUCUCCAAUUGUGACAAUGUAUGAAGACACUGCUUCUCAGAGACUUGGCCAGAUUGAGAAGAAAUGUGUGUUAAAUCAUGCUGCUGCUCCAAGAAAUCAGUAUUGCAACCUCACCAGGCCUGGGGGCUAGGAAGAGGAGAUCUCUUCUUGAAUUUUGGCCUGAAAACAGCAACUGUUAAAGCUACAUGUUCAAGCUUGU